UCUGCUCGCUCGGUCGCUCGUUCCAUUUGGGUUUGACACCUCAUUGACAUCGGGGGAAAACACAAGAGGAGGAAUCGAAGAAUUAAUCGAAGCAGAGGAGGUUGGAUUGUUCGUUCGUUCGGACGACACGGUCGGCGGCGAUGGGUGACGGGCGAGGGGAUGAGGAGGAGUGCAGGGUGGCGCUGCUGAAUGGCGGCGGCGCGGCGAAGGAGGGCUGGCAGGUGGUGUCCGGCGGCGACGGCAAGCUGAGGAGGAGGGUGUGGGAGGAGUCGAGGAAGCUGUGGGUCAUCGUGGCGCCGGCCAUCUUCAGCCGCGUCGUCACCUACAGCAUGAACGUCAUCACGCAGGCGUUCGCCGGCCACCUCGGCGACCUCGAGCUCGCCGCCAUCUCCAUCGCCAACACCGUCGUCGUCGGCUUCAACUUCGGCCUCAUGCUUGGCAUGGCGAGCGCGCUGGAGACGCUGUGCGGGCAGGCGUUCGGCGCGAAGAAGUACCACAUGAUGGGGGUGUACAUGCAGCGUUCGUGGAUCGUGCUGCUGGCGUGCGCGGUGCUGCUGCUGCCCAUGUACAUCUACGCCGAGGACGUGCUGCUCCUGACGGGUCAGCCGCCGGAGCUGUCGGCGAUGGCCGGCCGCGUCUCCGUCUGGUUCAUCCCGCUGCACCUCUCCUUCGCCUUCCUCUUCCCGCUGCAGCGAUUCCUGCAGUGCCAGAUGAAGAACUUCGCCAGCGCCGCGGCGUCCGGCGUCGCGCUGUGCGUCCACGUCGCCAUCAGCUGGCUCCUCGUCUCCCGCUUCCGGUUCGGCCUCGUCGGCAUCGCGCUCACCCUCAACUUCUCGUGGUGGGCCACCGCCGCCAUGCUCUUCGCCUACGUCGCCUGCGGCGGAUGCCCGGAGACGUGGAACGGCCUCUCCCUCGAGGCGUUCGCGGGGUGUCAUGCUAUGGUACGUACGCGACAAUUUGUGUGCUUAAUUUGCAGCUUGGAGAACUGGUACUACAGAAUCCUCAUCUUGCUGACCGGUAACCUCAAGAACGCGGCUAUUGCGGUCGACGCGCUCUCCAUCUGCAUGACGAUCAAUGCAUGGGAGCUGAUGAUUCCCCUGGCAUUCUUCGCUGGAACCGGGGUGCGGGUGGCGAACGAGCUGGGCGCCGGCAACGGGAAGGGCGCGAGGUUCGCGACGAUCGUGUCGUCGGUGACGUCGCUGGUGAUCGGGCUCUUCUUCUGGGUGCUCAUCGUGGGCCUCCACGACAAGUUCGCGCUCAUCUUCACCUCCAGCGACGUCGUGCUCGACGCCGUCGACAACCUCUCCGUCCUCCUCGCCUUCACCAUCCUCCUCAACAGCAUCCAGCCCGUUCUCUCAGGUGUGGCUGUUGGGUCUGGGUGGCAAUCCAUGGUGGCCUACGUCAACAUUGGCACCUACUACCUCAUCGGCAUCCCCAUGGGCAUUCUCCUCGGAUGGCUCUUCAAACUUGGCGUCCUGGGAAUUUGGGCGGGUAUGAUCGGCGGAACCGCAGUGCAGACGCUAAUUCUGGCCAUCAUAACCAUCCGCUGUGACUGGGACAAGGAGGCCAUGAUCGCAAGCACACGCAUGGACAAGUGGUCGCAAGUCCGGUGAUGGGAGAGGACGCACACGUUCCUGAGCUAAUAUGCUCGUCACCAGAUUCUGCCAUACGAGAGGACAAGAUGGUCGCGACGAGUGAGCUGAUUAACUGCAUAGGUGAACAGUGGACAAGACGAUUCUUCAUCACCUGCUCUUGUUGGUCUCUAGUAUUGGCUUCGUUGCGUCCAAAUUUAUGGUAUUGGUCUUCUGGCUACCGAAGAGAAUUUACCAUUUCGGCUGGCCGAGUGAAGUAACGUAUGUAUGGCAAAUGGUGACAUGUGAAGAUUGAAUCGAUCUUAUCUAAAGUGAUUUCACCAACCGUAUUCCUUCUACAA